AUGGCCCGGGGACUGUUCAGCACUGCCAGCCUGGCUCGAUUCUGCCAGAAGCUGAAUCGAUUGAAGCCACUGGAGGACUCCAGCAUGGAGACAUCUCUGCGGCGCUGCCUUUCCACACUGGACCUGACCCUUCUGGGCGUGGGGGGCAUGGUAGGCUCCGGUCUCUAUGUGCUCACAGGCACUGUAGCCAAGGACAUAGCUGGACCUGCUGUGCUCUUGUCUUUUGCCAUAGCUGCUGUGGCAUCCCUGCUGGCUGCCCUAUGCUAUGCAGAAUUUGGAGCACGUGUGCCCCGCACAGGCUCCGCGUACCUGUUCACCUAUGUAUCCAUGGGUGAAGUGUGGGCCUUCCUCAUCGGCUGGAAUGUGCUUCUGGAAUACCUCAUUGGAGGGGCUGCUGUGGCCCGUGCCUGGAGCGGCUAUUUGGAUGCCAUCUUUAGCCACAGCAUUCGCAACUUCACUGAAUCUCAUGUGGGUGUCUGGCAGGUGCCCUUUCUGGCCCAAUACCCAGAUUUUCUGGCUGCUGGCAUCUUACUUGUGGCUUCUGCCUUUGUCUCCUGUGGAGCCCGAGUCUCUUCCUGGCUCAAUCACACCUUCUCAGCCAUCAGCCUAAUUGUCAUCCUCUUCAUCAUCAUCUUGGGUUUUGCCCUGGCCUGUCCCCAUAAUUGGAGCCCUAAGGAAGGUGGCUUUGCACCUUUUGGCUUUUCUGGCAUCAUGGCAGGCACAGCUACCUGUUUCUAUGCCUUUGUGGGUUUUGAUGUCAUUGCUGCCUCCAGUGAGGAGGCCCAGAACCCACGGCGGGCUGUACCUAUGGCUAUUGCCAUCUCUCUUGGCCUGGCAGCUAGUGCCUAUAUCCUUGUCUCCACUGUGCUAACACUCAUGGUGCCCUGGCACAGCCUGGACCCUGACUCUGCCCUUGCUGAUGCCUUCUAUAGGCGGGGAUACAGCUGGGCUGGCUUCAUCGUGGCAGCUGGUUCCAUCUGUGCCAUGAAUACCGUCCUACUCAGCAACCUUUUCUCGCUGCCACGAAUUGUCUAUGCCAUGGCCGCCGAUGGGCUCUUCUUCCAGAUAUUUGCCCGUGUACAUCCCCGGACACAGGUGCCUGUGAUGGGGAUACUGGUGUUUGGGGUCCUCAUGGCUCUCCUCGCACUGCUGUUAGACCUGGAGGCAUUGGUCCAGUUCCUGUCCAUUGGUACUCUACUGGCCUAUACUUUCGUGGCCACCAGCAUCAUUGUACUACGCUUCCAGAAGGUUUCUCCACCCAGCUCCCCAGGCCUGGCCAGCCCCAGCCCCACAGCUAAGAAGUACGACUCAUUUGCUGACCACAUACAGCUAGUAGGUUCUGUGCAGACUUCCAUCGCUGAGCCUGGGCAGCUGCGACCAUCCCUAAGGCCCUACUUGGGCUUCCUGGAGGAAUGUAGCCCUGGACCUGCAGUGGCUUGGGCACUUGGCAUCCUGGUGGCCUCUGCCAUUACCCUAGGCUGUGUGCUGGUCUUUGGGGACUCAGCUCUGCACCUCCCACGGUGGGCCUACAUCCUGCUGCUUGUGAUCAGUGGUAUUGUGUUCCUGCUUAGCCUCCUCAUCCUGGGGGCUUACCAGCAACAGCAACAGCAAGACACUUUCCAGAUACCCUUGGUGCCCUUGACUCCAGCCCUGAGCAUCCUCCUCAAUAUCUGCCUCAUGCUCAAGCUAAGCUACCUAACCUGGCUGCGUUUUGCCAUCUGGCUGCUGAUUGGACUCGCUGUAUAUUUUGGCUACGGUAUCCGGCACAGCAAGGAGAACCAACGGGAACCACCCGAGCUGGCCACUGCACACUAUGUGGUAUUCCCCAAUGGUGGCCUGGAAGAGACUGUGGAGACAGUGCAGCCUGCUAGCCAGGAGCCAGCCCAGGAGCCUGGCUGUGCAGAGUAG